UGGUAAGGGAGACAGAAAACUUUCCAGCAAAAAGACCACAAGACUGCAUAUAACACACAUUACUCUACUGUGAUCAUUACAACAACCAAGAAGGUGAGAGACAGAGGUAGAGCAGGGGAGAUACCUACAGCAUUGCUCCACCACUUGUGAAGUGGAUUCAAGUGGGUUCAAGCUCCCUCAUGCGUGGUAAUGUGUGCGGUCUACCAGGCAACCUAAAACAGUAAUCUCGGAUUUGGCUGCCAGCUCUCUCUCUUGACCAUCUACAACUUCAGAUUUCCUGCCUGUCAGCUGUCAUGGAGAAAGUCCAAUACCUCACUCGCUCUGCUAUAAGAAGAGCAUCAACCAUUGAGAUGCCUCAACAAGCUCGUCAAAAUUUCCAGAACCUAUUUAUCAACUUCUGUCUCAUCUUAAUAUGCCUCUUGCUGAUCUGCAUCAUUGUAAUGCUGCUCUGAAAUUCGGAUGAAACCUCCAGUUGCAGCUUAACACCCUCAUCUUAAAAUCUGUCAUCCCAUGAAGAGAGAGAGAAAAAAAAAAACAAUGCUAUAUAACAAACCACAUAAGAAGAAUUCCGUUGUGGAUAAAAUGUUAUAAAAUGCGUUCAUCUGCUGGAUCUUGUAGACAUGAAAACAAAUUUCAUUACCAAAAAUUAACUCUUAACAUGACUCUAAGUGUGUGUAACUUUGAUUUCUUCCACAAUCUCUAUUGGAGAAAUCUAUAAGCUCACAAAUUUCUAGCCCAAAUAAUUUCUGAAGAUGAACUAGGCAUUGUUGUCACUGUUUUAAGGUGCCCUGCUUGGAAGUGCACUUCCUAUAUAAAACAUUAGCUUCACUCUGUGGGGUAAUAUAUUUUGGACAGCACUUGAAAAGCUUCCUUGAUAUUUAUAUUCUCAGCUCUUCAUAAAUACCAAUAUAAUCAUUCAAGUGAAGUGUUAGCAUUUGAAAUAGCUCCUGAAUCCUCACUUUUAUUGCCCUUGCUAAUGUCAUACAGAAAUAUUUAGGAGCCAGGCGGUGGCGCACCUGGUUAAGCACACACACUACAGUGCGCAAAGACCCAGGUUCAAGCCUCUGGUCCCCAACUGCAGGGGGAAAGCUUCAUGCGUGGUGAGCAGGGCUGCAGGUGUCUCUGUCUCUCUCCCUCUCUAUCUCCCCUUCCCUUCAAUUUCUCUGUCUCUAUCCAAUAAUAAAUAAAUAAAGUUUUUAAAAAAGGAAAAGAAAAAAGAAAUAUUUAUAGCUUCUCUAUAAGGUUCUGUUUUUUCCCUACCACAUGAAAGUGCUUAAAAAAUUUAUGAAAAUCGUAUAAUAAAAACUUUUAAAUGAAAUGUCUCUUACUAUUCAAAGAAUUCCUGUACAUGUAAAUAAACCGUAAAUCUGUUCUCUAUAGGACAUUAGAUCAAUAUUGACGGCAUGUCUAGUCACAAUUAGUAGUGCACUAACAAAAUCUAAGUUUAACUUUAAUUCAAGGCACUGAGUAGUUGAUUACAUGAUUUAGACAACAGAACUUACCUUGCUGUAACUUUGGAAUUAUGAAAACUUAAGACAUUAGAAUAAAUUUAAAGAAUACCUGUCUGUUAACUUCAGAAUUCAGGCAAAAAUAGUAAAAGUACAAGGCUGGGGAGAUGGUAUAAUGGCUAUGUAAAAAAAAUAAACAGAAAAAAAAAAGAUUUGUUGCACUUAUUUUUUUAAUUAUGUCUCUAAAAUUAACUACUUCUUUGAUUAAGUUCUGAAAUAAACUUUUUUGUCC